UACUAUAAGGAACGGAGAGAAACUAUCAAGGUACCUGCUGUUUUUCGUAUUUUACAUAAACAAUAUAGAUUUAUUAUUAGUGUAUGAACCAGUAGUUGUCAUUGACAGCACGAGAGUGAUCUGGCAUGGGGGGUGCCAGAUGGGUCUUGCCGGCAUGGGUAAAAUAACCGGAAACGCCAGUCCGAUAUGCAAGAAGCAGUUUUCUUAUCCAGACUGAAUGUCUAGUUCAUUUAAUUUCAUUGGUAUCCAAUCACUUAGACAUCUCCUUAAAUUUCGCGCGCGAUACGACCUAUGAAUUUGCUAGGACAAUUUUUAUGUAUUAAGUGUAAGAAAAAAGAUACUAGUCUUGUGAUUUUUUUGUUGAGAAAUGAUAUGGCUUAUUGCUGACAUAAGAUAUAAGAUAUAAGAUGAUGAUAUAAGAGCGAGUGACCUGCACUUCACUUAGUUGCAACCUUUGGUGAUUUAAAUAGAGUAACCAAAGAUAUCAGCAAUCUGUAUGUGCAUGCCAUAUGCCGUUAAAUAGGGAAGGGGAGACUUGCACUUUUCCCUAAACUGUCCGGCCCUAAGUUUGAAUACUUUUCCCAAAUUUCAAAGUAUGAGUUUAUUUGAAUCGCGGAAAUGUCUAAAAUUACUUUCAGUAUGAUAUAUCACAAACUAUGAGUGUAUACUUAUUAUACAGAUGAAAUUGAACAAAGGUGUUCAUUGUGAAAAUACGACAUUUGAUACAAGGUUGGUUUGAUGCGGGAGCCUUGGUGAAAAUAUCAAUAACAAACAGAUUUUUGUUAAACAAUGUAAUACUGUUCAUGUUUGUAAAAUGUGACCGAAAAUUAAAAAGAAAAUAAAGCAAGCGACAUUAAUGUUAGAUCCUUUUUUUAGAACUACUUAAGCUUUAUAUUUGAAUUUGAAAAAACAACAACAUAAUUUACCACAUAAGUAUCUUAAAAUAUUUCGUGACACUUGUGAAUAGUUUUUCAGAUUUUUUCUUGGAUUUUGUUUUCUUAUUUUGAAAAUGACAAACAAACGAAAAUUUAUUGUAAAUCACACAAAGAAAGGAGGAAUAGAUGUUUCUAAAUGGUUACUUAUUUCUGGAAGCAUUUUGUGCGGUGUAACGAUAGUAACGGCGGUCCUAGCCGUGACUUUGCCAUACUGGAUAUACGUAAGCGAUGUCAUGGAGACAACUGUUGCUGGGCUAACAGAUGAUACGGAUGUGACGUAUUUCUACGGGUUGCUAAGAUACUGUUUAAGGAUGAAGGCAACGCAUCUCGACACAGAUGAAUGCAAUUCAAAAGAUUACGCUUCGUUAAAUUACUGGGAGAAGACAACAUUGCUUACAUUCAUAGUGUCCGUAUUGCUGAGUGCCGUUGCCAUCAUGCAGGUGAUUUUCAACCUCAGAUGUUGGAACAAAGUUUUCCUACUCAUUUCAGCCACAGUCUCGGCGCUUGCGGCAGGUGCGUGUCAAGCUGUUGGAGUGUCCCUGUAUCAGAUGAAAGCCUCGGUACUUGUCCUUGAUAUAGGAGGUCUUACGACAGCUAGUUUCGAACCCGAGUUCUUCAGUGUGGCUUUCUGGUUCGGCUUUACCAGUGCAGCUGGCUCUUUGAUCGCUGGCCUGCUUCUUAUGCUGGGAACGUUCACGUGGAAGAAACCGAAAAUAAUGCGCAAGAAUAUAUACAAGACAACUGUGAGAGCUCCACGAUGCCCAUACAAAGGUCGAAGGCCUGCCGUCAUCUCCAUUACACAAAUGUGAACUUUCUUGGAUUGAAAUUUGUAUAAAUGAUUAAAUGAAACAUUUUUAACAUAUAUAAAAAUAAUACUCUCGUGGCGUGAUAAUAAAAUACCCAUUAUCUGAACGAAAACUUAAAAGAACCGACUUUUGAUAGAUUUUAAGACAAACAUGUCUUAGUUGAACUGAAAUGACAAUCGGCAAAUUCUGUGUGAUUACUUGAGAACAAUCGGAGAUUGCCGGAAUACCUACUCGGACGGAAAAUAUCAUUCACUACAAUUGAAAACAAAUAUUUGAAAAGUUUUAAACGGAUGGCAAUAAGUUUAUAAAAUAACACUAAAGGCACUGACCUCUAGAUCGUACGCAACAAAAAAGAAAUUUUUUAGAUUUCAGAAAAUUAUUGCUGUAUUGCUUAAGAGGGCUUUGAAAUUUAGUUACUUAUGGUAUAGAAACUCAUAUAAGUCUGAGUCGUUUUUACUAAUUUUUCCAUUCAGAAUUGAAUAGCUCUUGUAACGAGGUACCGGAGGUCACCUGCUUUAAUUAUAAAGGUUUAUAUUUAAAGACCGUUAAGUACGUAUUCCUCCGUGGUGAGUCGGUCAAGAACGCGGGAAAAGUUGUAUUGCCGCGGCGGCCCUGGUUCUAUUGCCAACUCGGGCAUGUUUGUCUCUCCUGAGAUUGUUUAAAAACAAAAAAAUUCAUGUUUCAAAGUUAAUAAUAUGACCAAACUUCAGUUCUAAAGACAGAUCAUUUUUGGCCAAAAUUUGGAUGUCAUCGCCUGGAACCUUACCAGAUUCCUAGCUUCUGUAAUAGUAUUGACCAUUUCUAGCACGUAACUGACAACGUCUUCAUUGGACGAAUGACUGGAAACACUUUCUUUUUCAUUCAUAUUCAUUGUGACUACAGAGCCAUUAUAUUUUUGUUCUGAUAAAUAAAACUAAAAAAUGAAAUAGACUGAAAUUUUCAAUGAAUGGAUGAAUACGUUUGUUUAAAUAUGGGUUGCGUGCUGGCUACAUAUAAAUAACAAGGACCAUUUGUUCAACUCGUAAAUGUUUGAAAGUUUAUAGCAAAUACAUGAAAUACAAUAUUUGAUUAAUAGGUAUAAAUGUUGAAUAUUUAGAUGUUGGAAAAUAGUCAGGAAAACAGUUUGGGUUGGGUUGGGUUUUUUGGUAUGUUUUAAGGUUUAAUAUAUCGAUCUAUCUUAAAAUCAGUUGAAACUCGUAAUUUGAACAAACGAAAGGUAUUGAAAUAAAUGGGUGUAAUUAUAGCAAUAUGAAGCGAUCGUGGUAUUGGGAAGGUCUCGAGUGAAGUAUAUACAUACACCCUUUAGUUCAAAUACUUUCUUGACAUAAUCAAUAAAGAAGCAAACAAUCGGAUCGUUCAACCCGUAUCAGAUUUCAGUUGUUUAAUUAUGUUAUAGAUUUACAGGACCAAAAAUAACUUUGUGAUGAUUUGUGUAUGCCAGUUUAUUGUAGCUUAGGAACAUCGUAAUUUAACGUUUUUACUAAUACUGGUUAACCAUUACUUAAUGCGAAAUGAAAGUGACAGUAGGAAUAUUUUAGUGGUGUAUGUUUUAAGUGUGUCUGAAAAAGUAACUAAAUAGAGUAAUAUAAUGUUAAUGUGUUUGAAAUAAUUUUGUAAUGCCACCAACGGACAAGUCAAAAACUUACACCGGGGUAGGAGCCGGCGCCUCAGGUGUUAGCAGUUUAGUUUCGAUACUGGCGUUUGCGCUGCCUUACUGGGUCUAUUACGAGGAGGAUCUGACCCUGUCUGACGGAACCGGAAGUCACCAGGUUCAGUGGACAUAUUACUAUGGUUUCUGGAAGUUCUGUAAUAAAGUGUCGUCUGAUGUUUCGAACUCGGACAGAUGCGGAAGUGUUGAUUCACAUUCAGAUGUUGAGCAGACGACAGCUGUCCUUCUGCUGCUUGCCAUAUUGUUGUUUGUUAGCGGUGUUGUAAACGCUUGCUUGUUCCUUACAAUACUCAAGAAAGAGAAAUUAUGUCUCUAUAUAGCCUGGAUUUCUGGUAUUGUAGCAGGUGUCUUCGCACUAACAAGCAUAAUCAUUUUCGCAGGAAAGGACCACUCUGUAACCGUCACAAGUGAUAUCACACUGAACUUUUCUACUUCCAAAUUACAUGCUUCUUUCUGGUUAGUGGUCAUCGGCUGUAUAAUGGUCGCCAUAGCAACGGUUUUUAUAACACUGGCCAUUAUAAAUGUUCACAGAACUGAAGAAAAAUCAUCGGAUGAUAAAAAAUCUAUGAUUUCAUAUGAUUCAGUGAACAAAUCGUCCAAUAAACUGAUUGAAGACGAUGACGAUAUUACAGAAGAGCAUAACUACAAGGAGCCAAAGAUACCGGAAGCAUUUCCGUACACAGACUCGCCCUACUCUACAUCAUCAGAGUCGUUGAGUGAUUUAGACGAAUUGUAUGAUUCAGAUGACAGUGACAUUGGUCCUAAAUUUGCUAAACUGAAAACAAAAGUCACUCCGAAGCCGUCAGAUGUGAAACGCGUGGAGAAUGAGACAAGUGAACUACGAAGAUGCAGAUCUGGAGAGCUUCUAACCAUGGCCCGAUUAGACGGUAGCUUAACACCUAAGAUAGCAAGUUCGAGCCUUCACAGGAGCCGUAGUGCCUCGGCUUUAACACCAGUAGAACGGGCUGAUGAUCUUCCUGAUUAUGCUACGAUUGACAGUAAUCCGCUGUAUCAAGACAGCAAAACACACAUAGAAGCAGGCAAGGCGCCAGUGGCGACAAACCUUAUAGUCACCAUGCCUCCACCGGCUUCCGGAAGCGGCGACACUCUCGUUUUGCGACGAGCCAAAACAGACAUGCCACUUACACAGAAGAUGAUGAAUACCAUCGGUCUAAAACGAAAAGAGCCUCAUGACAGUUCGGUCAGAGAACCAGCUGAAAUCGAUCCAGAGAAAACCUCGCUAUCUUUGCCAUUAAAAGUAAAGUCUUUUCCAAAGAAACCACACAAGUCGAAGUCAAAACACAAAAAGCCAUCUGAAGAAGGACUGAGGCGGAUGCGAGAACUUACAGAUGUAUACGCCACCCCACCACCGUUAAGAACUUACUUUCCAGGACAACAGUCACAUAAACCUGCUCCCUGGAGCAAAGCUCGUGAAAAAUUUGUCCUAAGACCAAAAACAUCAAAAACGAUGAAAUGGUCUUUACAUGCUCAUGGAGUAGAGUCUAUACCUAAAUUUCCAAAACAUCUAAAGUCACCAAAGAAACGGCAAACUGCACCUGUCUCUAAAGAGGAUGCUGAACCAACAGACGUGAAUAGUUCCAUGGCAUAGCUGUGCUAGUUUCAAAUAUAAUUAAAAAGAUACAAGUAGUAUUAAACUACGAAAGGCUACCGCGCCUUGCUAACUGCCAAAUGCUAAAUACUGUGAAAUCAUUAAUAUUCGUGGGGCGACUCAUUUUUGUAGAUUUCAUGGUUGAGUCAAUCCACGAAAUUUAAUCCCAACGAACAAGUAAAAUUCCUAUUCAUUUUGUGUUCAAAAGUUGAAAUCCACAAAUUCAUAUCCCCACGAAAUGACCGUUUUGACCUUAACCACAAAAUUUCAUGCCCAGUAAAUAAACGGUGCAAAAUGCUAUUUGUCAAAUAUUGACUGUCAGAAGGCAAUUGUGAAAUGAUAAAUGCUAAUAAUUAAUUGCGGCUGAAUGGGGGAAAAUGCCAAAAUGUUGUGUAUCAUUUAAAAGUCGUUUGCCUUUGUUGCGUAACUUAGUCUUUGUUAAUUUUUUUUUUCUAAACAGUUAAGAGUAAACUGUUUCGGUUCUAUAUUCACUUCACCGCUAGAGCAUGUUAUUGCUUUAGUUCAGACUAGCAGAACGUAGCAUGUUUUAAAAUAAUUAAAAGGUACAUUCAUUAAUUUAAGAAAUACACAUCGUUAACAUUAUUAUUAGCAUUUUAUCAUUAUUUGACAUUUAGCAAUUAGCAUUUAGUAUAUGGCAUAUAUUAACAUAUCAUUCAUUAAUUGACAACUUGCAUUGAGUAACUGGCAUUUAACUUUAAGUAUUUGUUGUUUAGCAGUUUAGCAUUUAGCAUGGCACACCGGCAUGGCGCACUGGCCUUCCAUAUCAAACAGUGUAUGUAUGACUGUGUAACAGUAUGAAGCACUAUGGAAAUCUUUGUUAUUGCAAGUCCUGAUUCAGUGUGGUGCCAGCCUUGGCUAAGUUUAAUUAAUUAGAGGUGUUUGCUUUUUCUUCCUUAUUCAGCUCAAAGUGCUAUAAUAUUGAAACAUAACAUCUUGUUUACGAGUUAACUGCUGUACAUUACAACAAAACUGCA